AUGUCUAGCCCAGUUCUUGAGCUUGCACUAAAUGUAGAAGAUGCUCUUAGAGACGCUUUGGAAGAGAGUAAUCCGGAACCCGUUUUUUUCCAAAACGUGGACCAGAUUGAUCCGUUUACCGAUCCCUUUGGGAUACCGACUUAUCCGCAUUCUGCCGAAGAUCCCGAGAGAGGCGAGGUUCAGAGGGCCGCCGCAGAGAUACCCUCAUUCAGCCCCGCCUCGCCACCUGCUACCGUUCCAGCACAAAAUACCGUUUUGGAACCGGCCGCUGCUCCGUCAGAAACCACCGUUCCGCCACCAAAUACCGUUAUGGAACCGACCGGUAAUAAAAAAAAGCAAAGCAGCUCAGACAUUAAUGGUACUGAGGAUGAUAAUGCUGGUCUUAGUCAACUGCCACCACAUCCAACUAUAUACCCUCUGGUAAAAUUAAAUCCAGCUGCAAAUUUGCAAAAAGAUGAAUUUUCCUCCGACAGCGAUGUACCUUUGGCAAUAAGUGCUAAAAAAAGAAGGGUCACACUGUGGGACCGUUUCAUCUUAAUCCAAAGAGAAGACUACUACAUCAUCUCAGCCUCCAUUAAAAUUGCAACUCCUGGUAGCUCAAAUGAAAAACCCUGCACCUGCAGCCCUAGACACGAGUUGGAAAUCGGCACGGGCGCAUACCACACUGUCCAGCUAAAUACUAGACUGGAAGAUACUCAAUCAGAUUAG